UGCGCAGAUAAUGUCCGAGAAUGUCCAUUUCUGGGACUUUGAGCAACUAUUACGUGGACUCCAUCAUAAGUCACGAGAGCGAUGAACUCUCUGGCACGGCUCGGUUUCCCAGCAUGCAGUACUCGGGCUCGAGCCCCGCCGCGGUGGCGGGAGGGAGGCAGCCCGGCGGAGCGGCGCACGCGGAGCAUCAUCCCGAGUCUUAUCCGUCCUGUAGCUUCCAGCCGAAACCUCCGGUCUUCUCCUCUUCAUGGAGCCCGUUCAGCCCCCACCACGGCGUCUACCACCCUUACAUCCCGGCGCAGCACGUGCCCUCCGCGGACUCUCGAUACCUCCGCUCUUGGCUGGACUGCGCGCCCCGCGAGUCUGUCCCGGGUCAAAGCCAGUCGGGGCAGGUCAAACUGGAGCCGCAGCUCGCGCACCUCGGCGCAGAGAUCCCCUCUAAACUGAGCGGACAGCACGAGACCUCCACGUACAUCCUGGAGUCAACGUCCACGGCAGCGCGCGAGCUGAGCCACCAUCCGGCCGCCAUCCCGGGAGCUGGGUUCGACGAAAAUAAGGAGAUUAGUGAAGGGAGUGAGGACAAAGAUGGCCUGGAUCAAAACGACCCCUCGGCCAACUGGCUGCACGCGCGCUCUUCCAGGAAGAAGCGCUGUCCGUACACCAAGUACCAGACGCUCGAGCUGGAGAAGGAGUUCCUGUUCAACAUGUACCUCACGCGGGACCGGCGGCACGAGGUGGCGCGCGCGCUCAACUUGACGGAGCGGCAGGUGAAGAUCUGGUUCCAGAACCGGAGGAUGAAAAUGAAGAAACAGAGCAAGGACCAACCCAAGGACUAGCGAGGGGCGCGCGGGCGCACACACUCGUUUUUUUUUUUUUUUUUUUUUUUUUUUUGACGCACGCUCAUGACAACAUGUUACCCUGUAAACACAGAAUGGCCUUCAAACAAAGCGCAGAAACACGCACAGACAACGUUUCCAAUUAAUUUAAAGCUCCAGGCGACUCCACGUGAGCUCCAGCUCCAUCACACUGAUCAAUACAUCUGAUCAACGGCUUUAUUGAUCCGGACGGACGCUGAGGACUGAAGGAUGAUGGCGAUAGGAGCCCUCAGUGAUGGCGGAGGAGGCCUGGACUUUGGAACAGUCUAGAUUUUUGUCAAGGAGGAUGAUGGGUCUGAAUUUAUCGACCUGCAGUGAUUCUUUUUGGGGAUUUUCUCUUUCAGAUGGGUCGAGUUUUCUCUUCAGCUGCAGAUUGUGUGUUUGGUUACUUCAUGAGUCUUUAUUUUACGCAGUUUUUCAAAGUGUUUGCUCUUUGAUGCAAGGGAAGAAAACAUCAAAUAACCCCCCAUACUAAAGACUAGGGCUGGGUGAGAUGGACCAAAAAUACAGCUGAAUGUUGAUUCAUGAUAUUUAUCGCUUUUAUUUUCUGUACAGAAAAAACAAAAACGUCAUCAGCUCUUCGUCAAAUCUCCGUGGUCCAAGUGUCACACAGGCACUUUUAUUAACAAGCUGCACCGUGGAAACAUGAACAUUAAAUAUUCUACAUGUUAGUGGGGAGAAUAGUUAUGUGUAAUGCUCCUUUAAUCAAAGAAUUAAAAAGAAAGUUCUCCAAAUAGUUAAAUGCUCCAAAUAUAUUCAGAAUAAAAGGUCUAGACAUCCAUGUCUGGGCCAUAAAUCUAAUCAUUAAAAACUGCAGACCAACUCCUCCACACGGUCUGAACUGUACCAAAUUAUUGGGAACAUUUACUAAUGAGGAGGUUUUCAACCUUUUCCUUGCUCUUAAGUACCGUGUGGUUCAACAUGACCAAACCUGUGAUUUCAAUGAUCAGUGGAACCCAAAACCAUCAGUGGGAUCUGUGAUCCGGAUCAGAGAGAGAGAGACAGCUGGCAAGAGAGGGCAACAUUUGGAGAGAGGGAGAGAGAGCGAUCCGUCCCUCCUCUACCUCUAAUCAGGGGCGGAGCCAACAUGGCUGAGGGGUGGGCACGGCCCUAGGAUAGUUUUUCUUAUCAGACAGUUUAAUGCGCUCUUUUUGUGCACUUUUAAAAAAAAUUUAAACUCAAAAUGCCAACAAAUCUACUCAUUUAGGUAACAUAACAUCAUUUUAUUCUUAACCUCACUGAGCUAAAAGUGUCGUUAUCAUUCUAAAAUAUUUUUACAUCAUGCUGGGGUCAAAUAAUUUUCACUUCUGCCUCCUCAAAAUGUCUGAAGGUAAUAUUUUUAGGUUUAAGAUUGAAGCUCUGCAUUUUCAAAAAAGCACAUAAAAAGCAGUUUAUUCACAAACAUGCUGAAAAUGUUAUUUUUAGAACAAUGGUGAACUGAUUUUCACACUGCAGUGAGUGAAUAGAUGUUAAAGAGCAUUAGGGCCGUUAGAAAAAUGGUAUGUUUUUUUUUAAUUCUAAGAAAAAGUCCAAAUUCUGUGAAAAGCAAGAAUUCUGACAUUUUUCUUAGAAUAUAAAAAAAUGCAUAGCAUUUUUUUUGUUAAAUGUUUCUAAUCCUCCUCCAUGCAUACGAUCUUAAAAGUAAAAAAACAUGGAUUUUUUUUUAUACUUUUAAAAAUUAAAAAAGUACAUUUCAAUGCUGUGAUCAUCAAGGCCCUUUUCUUUUUUCUUUUCUUUUCUUUUCUUUUUGCAUUUAUCCAACAUAACACUCAUAGACAGCUAUACCUACAACCAACCUGAACGUUUUGGGGCUUUUAAGAAAACAAGAAACAAGAAAACAGAGAUUUUAGUAAAAAUGAUCCUGAAAUAAAGUGAAGCUUAACAUUUUAAAUGGAUAACCCUGUGGUCAUUUUCAUGUUAGUGCUUCUUUUUACUUCAUCAGGCCUGACACUGGCUGUUUUUAAUCAUCAUAUUGACAUAAAUGAUAUUUUCUUCCCCUGUGUGAAAAUGAUCCAUACAUCUUCAAAUCUCCACACACUGCCCAGCCCUACUCACAGAAGCGGAGCGAUGUUUUCUUCCUUAUCAGGCACUACUUUUUCCUUUUAUUAGUUAUUUAUUGUUCCGUAUCUGACACCGACGGCGCGUGAAGCUGCUGAAAUCGUGGUUUCACGCGGCCAUUAAUAAACACGAGGAGCCCACACGAACACACACCUCCUAUUUCCCCUCUCUUCUUCAGGAGGAUUUGAUUAGAAAAGCGCCUGAUGUUCGGGGCUGAUACUAGCAGCGAGCCGCCGUUUGUUUCCAGCCUGUCGGCCUAAGUAAUGAGCAGAUACCGGGAGGACCGGGGAGGGGGGGGGCGGGUGUUAACCCGACUCAGCAACCGGGGAUCCGAUUACUCUGCUGUCGAUACGGUGGAUCCUCUCCGGAUGGUUUAUGCGCUGCAGCGGCCGCGCAUGUUCGCCUCAUGUCCGGCUUCUCUCGGCUGUCAGUGGUCGCUCCCUGCGCGAGCCCGGAGUCAGCAGAGUUUAAAUGAAUUCAACUACGAACACCAAGACUCGGAUGUUUAAAGUAAAUCCACGUCACAUUCAGGGGAGGCUGGGGAUCAUUACAACACUUUUACGCAUUUCCAUCCACUGUUUGUGCGUAAUGUUGGAUAUUUUUAUCCAACAUUAACCUGUUUUAUCAAACGCUUUCCUGCUAAACGCCCACAUCAGUUCAAAGGUUACCAAAAAGGAUGAGAGAAACGCUGGUUUCAGUUAUUUAAGUCAGAGAGGUGGGAUUUUCCAGCUGCUGCAAAAACAGUAAAGAACUACAUGGAUUAAAAUCCCCACAGUUCUGCUUUUGUUCUCAGAGCAUUUAGUACUCCAGUUUUAAUCAGUUAUGUGUAAUAGUUGAUGAUAAUUUCGUUUUUUAACUUACAUGAUUGACUUUUAGCUUUCAGGUUUCUGCAUGUGGAUAAAAACGUCUCCAAAACUAAGAAUAUCCAACCUGAUACUUUAAGACAGAAGUUAAUCUUUCACACUCACACGCGUCUAUACUGAUCACUCCUUUGGGUUUUUUAUUUGGAGUAUGUCCUUGGCAUUAGGAUGCCAAAUUCAGCUCAGACCCCUCAGUAUGCCAGCUUUAGAAAUUUACAAAAAUUGAGUCCAUUUAUUCUUCUUUAGGAUGGUGCACGUGUGUUUUUGGAGCACCACACAGACACAAAGCAUCAAGCGUUUUAGCUUGUAAUAAAAAUGACAUUUAUAACAUUAGGAGCAUUAAAGGCAGCAGAACUCACAUGCAACCAGAUGUACAGUUCUUAACAAAUGUAUUAGACCAUCCUAACCCUAACCAAAGUCAGGUUUCUGCCACAGCUGCUCUAAAUGAACAGCAU